GGCUUUGAGGGAAAAAAAUCAAUAUCGGUAGAAGGAAUUGAUAUUAAAAUACAGAGUAACUAAACAACAAAUAAUUUUCUUUUAUUUAAAAAAAAACCUUUCAAAGAAUCUCGCUUUUAAUAAUAUAUGCAUUUGUUUACAGCGACGCUGCACGUAACUUCCGGGUAUCCCUCUCCAUCACUCGCCAUCAUCCCUCUUUCUGCUCUUAGGACUCGUAUUUUUGUCUUUUUUCCUUUGUUUUUUCGGUCAUUUGACAUCCAGUCGUGUUCUCGCACGUCUUGAGUUUAAAUACGGAUCAGUAAAUCGAGCUAAAUCGAUUCAUUUCGGCUCGUUUUUACGGAGAAAUAAAGCGACUUGUUGCCGCGCAUGCGCAGAACUGAAUCAGAUGUGAUGACAGAGAGCUGUGCAGGCACAACAGUAACGUGAUCUCUCUGGAAAGGAACUUUACCGGCGUGGAUUUACCUUCUGGACAGGAAAUACCAAAAAAAAAAAAAAAAACCCCACAAAAACCAGGCUCCAUGGAGGCAACGCGUGGAAGAGAUUCCCAAAAGAAAGUGAAGGGCGUGUGGUGUGAAACAGAAAGGAUUCAACAAGAGAGAUAGGAAAGGACAUGGGCAUGUUUAGUCAUGGAUGAUGCAUGUAUUGCAGAAGCUUUCUCCUCAGAAGAAAUGUUCAGGACUGUUACCGUGCCAUGUUUGCAUGCUUCAGAACGAAGGAAAUCCUCAUCAACCUGGCGAUCUUGCUGCUCGGCAUGCCAUUUUUGACGAGAAAAACUUUUUCCUUCUUACGACGCUCAGAACAACAUCAAGAACUUGGCAAGAACCCAAACACUCCAUGCGACAUUCCUCUUUCUUGAAAGCAUGAGCCGUCUCCUGGAAUUGUCUUUGAUGUGAGUAGAAAUUACAAGCAGGGUUUUUUUUCUUGUUAAGGAGGAACAUUUUUUAAAGAGGAAGAAAGAAAGAAAAAGAUUCCACAUCUGUCUUUUAGAUCAUGGCUGUAUGCAUAGUGAAAUCUGCGCUUCUGCUGUGUCUUGUGAAUCUUGGAUUUUCCUUUUCUGGGAUAUUUGACCCUUCAGGCAAAUAUGGCACAGUCAGCGAUCGUGACGAGCGAGCUGAUUUCCAUACAGACACCAACGCGACUACGGAGCGAGGAUUUCACAUGCCAUCGAACGUCCACCCCAACCUUUAUUUCGACCUCGCAGAGGUGCGCCGGCUGAAAAAGAAAGCUAGCGGUACACACGGACACGUGUUUAAAGUUAUACGAAAUGCUGUGACGACUAUGCUCGAGAGCCCGACGCUUUACCUGCCGCCCAUGAACCAUGAGGAAUUUGCAAAGAAAUGGAACGAGAUUUACGGCAACAACCUUCCACCGCUUGCGCUGUACUGUCUACUCCAGCCUGAAGAUAGCACCGCGUUCCAGUUUUUAAUUAAAUACAUGGAUCGUAUGGCUGAAUAUCCGGACUGGAUGGUGACUAGCGCGCCAAAUGAUGAGGUUCCGAUAUCCCAUUCUCUCACUGGCUUCGCUACAGCUUAUGACUUCAUAUAUACCUAUCUGGACACCCAGCGAAAGAUUCGGUACCUUAAGAAGAUCCGUUCCGUCACAGCGGAACUUUACGAACUGUCCAAGCAUAGAGGUUGGGGCCGGCAGUUUCUACAAAACCACCAGACUACAAACAUACUAGCCAUCCUUACAGGAGCCAUCGUAACUGGUGUACACAAAGACCGUGAGACCAUGAUGUGGAAACAGGUCGCCGUGAACUACAUGGAAAAGACCAUGUUCCUGCUGAACCAUAUCAUAGACGGUUCCCUGGAUGAAGGCGUAGCGUAUGGCAGCUACACAGCCAAAUCCAUCACUCAGUACGUGUUCUUAGCAUCACGUCAUUUUGAAAUAGACAACAAGAAUAACAACUGGCUGAGAGCCCACUUCAUGUUCUACUACGCCACCGUGCUCCCUGGUUUUCAAAGAACCGUGGGCAUUGCUGAUUCAAACUACAACUGGUUCUAUGGACCGGAGAGUCAGUUGGUGUUCCUGGACGCGUUUGUGCUCAGGAACGGCUCAGGAAACUGGCUGGCACAGCAGAUCAGAAAGUCGCGGCCCAAGGAUGGACCCAUGACGCCGUCCGUAGCGCAGCGCUGGGCUACAUUACACACCGAGUUUAUCUGGUACGACGCGGAGCUCACUCCUGAGCCACCGCCUGAUUUUGGGAAAGCAGACAUGCAUGUUUUUUCAAACUGGGGGGUGGUGACGUACGGCGCAGGACUACCUUCAGGGCAGGACAACACUUUUGUGUCUUUUAAAUCUGGGAAGUUAGGCGGACGAGCCGUGUAUGACAUUGUUCACGCUAAGCCUUAUACCUGGCUCGAUGGCUGGACGAACUUCAACCCUGGUCAUGAACACCCAGAUCAGAACUCGUUUACUUUUGCACCAAACGGACAAGUGUUCGUCUCGGAAGCUUUGUACGGACCAAAAUACAGUUAUCUUAACAACGUCUUGGUAUUUGCACCUUCUCCAACGAGCCAGUGCAACGCACCAUGGGAGGGGCAGCUCGGGGAAUGUUCCAAAUGGUUAAAAUGGGGAGAAAAGGAAGUCGGAGACAGCGCUGGCGAGGUCAUUGCGGCGUCUUCGCACCAGGACACGAUGUUUGUUAGCGGUGAAGCCGUGUCUGCUUAUUCGUCCGCUAUGAAGCUCGUUAGUGUUUAUCGAGCCCUGGUUCUGCUCAACUCCCAAACCUUAUUAGUGUUCGAUCACGUUGAAAAGCAUGAAAAGUCUCCCCUGACGUCGUUUAGUGCCUUUUUCCACAAUCUUGACAUCGACCUGAGGUAUGUUCCCCACAGGUCUUUGAAUAGGUACAGUGGAGCUCUGAUGGAUGUAUGGGACGCCCAUUACGAGAUGUUUUGGUUCGAUAAUCAGGGAGUCAGUCCUGUUGGCAGGAUACAGGAAGUAGAACAGGUCGCAGAGUUCAAAAAGAGAUGGACACAGUUCAUAAACGUUACUUUUUCCAUGGACGGCGUAGUCAGCAGGGUGGCUUACUUAAUGCACGGCCCUUUUGUCAGAGUAUCGGACUGCAGGUUCGUUGACAACAGCAAAAACGGAGUUAAAAUCUUGGUUACGUUGAAUGACACCGAGACUACCGUGUCCAUAGCAACAAACUACAAAGAUAUUGGUGCCAGACACAGUUACUUAGGCUUUGCAGGGUUUGCAAAAGCAGAGAAUAAACACAAGAUCAUUCAUUUUGGUCAGGGAGUUCAGGUUUUACCCAGACAAGUGAAAAAAGACUCCACGUUUAACUUCGGUUUCAUGAUCAACGUCAUCGCAGUGUGGAUUCUGUGUUUUGCCAUUGCGGUUUUGACCAUCAAGAGAAAGUUUAACGUGUCGUCCCGUAAGCUUAUCCGCUGCACGGUUAUUUCAGUGCUGCUUUUCUGGGUGUUGGAACUCUUAGUGACGUCUCAUCGUUGUCAGGAGGUGCUGUGCGGCAUCAUGUGGAGGGAUCUCCGUGUCUCCGAGGAAGCCGUCACUCGAUCCACCUUCCCUUUCGAUCGCACUCCAGACACCCUUCCGUUCAUAAUCGUCACCUCUCUUCCUGGCUCCGGAGCCGAGAUCCUUCAACCCCUUUUCGACAACAGUUCGGACUUUGUGUAUCUCAGCAUUCCCUCUACAUACCUCCGUAUCCCCGAGACCAGUUUCGCUCCUGACUCUUUCACAGACGCUUGCAAGUGGUCCAGAGCGGAUGCCCAGAAUGGAAAGUUUCGAGCCAUUCAGGGAUGGUUCCAUUCGAUGAUGCAUAGCAUCAGACUGCACCUGCAGAACAUCCAGCUCUACAAGAGCAGUAUCGAGGCGGGGAAUAAAGGCAGCGCUCAGGAAACCAGGAAGAGGCGGAAGCUCCUGACGGACACGAGCGAGAUCGGAGACAGGAGGUCGACAGCGAGGGAGGUGGAGUAUAUCAAGGAGUUGAGGCAGCACUUGUCGAACUUUCCGAACGCCUGCCCUGUGCUGAACCUUCGGAGCGGGAGCUGGUCCUUAAAACUCCCGUUUGUUCAAGAAGUCAUCGGACGCUCGCUACGAUCGGUUCAAGUAGUGCGCGACCCACGGGCUUGGAUCUAUCUCAUGCUCUACAACAGCAAGCCGAGCCUUUACGCCAGCAAAAACAUUCGAAAACACCUGCUCAACAUUCUGAACCAGCCGCGUGACAGGGCAGGACAGACCUGCACGCGGUUUGAUGCAGCAUUUCAGCCUUUGCGAAAGAUCCUCGCUCAGCCAGAUGCUAACCCAGUGCUCUUGCUCGCGCAUCUCUGGCUCGCUCACACUUCUGCCAGCCUCCGAGCGAGCGCGGACUUGCCCUCACACACCUACCUCCAGGUGAAAUUUGAGGAUAUCGUGAACUUUCCCGAAGAUACUGCAGAAAAGAUCCACAGGUUUAUUGGCGUCCCUGUUUCUCCGGCUGCUAUAAACCAGCUCGCGUUUGCUACGUCCACAAAUCUGUAUCACCUCAUCUACGAAGGGGAUAUAUCACCUGCGAAAAUUAACAUGUGGAGAGAAAAUAUGGCUCCUGAUCAGAUUAGACUGAUAGAACACGUGUGUGGGACUGUCAUGGACAUACUCGAGUAUAAAAGAUGAGUGUUUGUAUGAAAUAAACGUAAACACUAUUUGUAUAAAUGCAGAGUGGUUUCUAUAAAAUGUGCGUUUUGAAAAGAAAAAAAAUGAGUGUUUACUCUUGUGGAUUUAAUUAACAUUGGUGACUUUUCCAUUCCCUGAUACUAAUGAGUGGAAAGAUUGAUGAAGUUUUGGCACCUUUGGUCAUCAAGAAUAAACUUAUUUACAGGCAGUUGAGGAUAAAAUCAAGUUCUCUUCCAAGAAGUACUGUACAUGAGAGCUUUUAAAACAACAAAACACGCAACCCAAGUAGAGCUGCUGUAUCACUCCAUUUAUGAGAAAUAUCUUAUUGAGUUUUCUUAGGAUAGAAAAGGAAUUCGCACCAAAUUGUUUUUAGAUUAGAUUGUUCUUAAAUGUUAAAAACGCAGAAGGAUAUUUAUGAGCGAAGGAGAGAAAAAGCUGAGGAUGGAACAUAUCCAGACAGUGAUGACGCAAGUGCUUCAGAUUGCGAGGUUGUUAAUGACAUGAUGUAAUAUGUACUUAAGUUUUUCUUUCACCUAAUGCUUCUGACUUUCUUGCUAUAUUUCAUAAAAAACAAACACACAAUC